AUGUCGUCCUACGCCUCUGUCGCUGCCCACAAUGCGCCUCCCCCGGAACGCCAGCCCCAGCCAGACCCCGCCCUCCUCAAUACUGAAUCCCCGUCCCACCCCAAUCUCGCCGACGACACCGCCAAGCUAAAUAUCGUCGCUCCCGAUUUCAAGCAGGAUCCCCAUACCUUCACCUCCGAAUCCAACAUCCCUGUAGAUCAAGAAGAGACACAAAAUCUCCUCAAUGGACACGACAACCCUACAUCUCCUCGAAAGGUCAACAAAAGGAAACCCCUUGCUGAAGAAGAGGCAGAAGAUUUGUGGACUACAGUCAAAAAAUAUUUGAUCAGACCAGGCGUGGCUGGUGGGCUGAUUGGUCUAGUCAAUAUCGGAUUGAUUGCCUCGGUUGGCCGAGCGUUCUAUACACAGCCUCAUUUACGGCGCGAUUCGCGCACCAUAUGCUCUGUCGCUGGUGCUUCUAUUGCUCUUCUAUCCAUCGAGGGGUAUGCUGCCGAACAAUACAGGCAAACACCGUACGGCCGAAAAGAAGAAGAGAGGGCAAGGAAGGAAGGAGCACUCAUCUUCCAGCAUCUCCAUGAACAAAUUUUACGACCUCGGGUUUUAGGAGGAGCCGUUGGUAUAGUGAACACAGCGAUCCUGGGCACAAUCGGAUAUUUCUCAUAUGCAAACUGGGACCGAACAUGGGAUAAGAGACUGGUUUCCGCUGUUACUAUUGGAAUACUGGCCCUCUGGAGCGGAGAAGGACAAGCAGGCGAUUCUGACUCUGACUCCUCCUCAGACUCGGAGGAGUCAAUGUCCAGCGGAGAGGAUGAGGCACCCCAAAAACCUGCAAUCACCUCAAAACAGCCUGCGAUGUCCCGUUUCCUUCGCACAGCUGGCUCCGAUUCCAGUGACUCAGACUCAGAUUCUGACGAAGACGAAUCAGAUAGCGAUGGUGACCGGCAAGAUGACGACGAGAGCGAAGAGGACGAAGAUAAACCUACGAUUCGCAUUCUUAGUGCUGUUGACAAGCGCUUGAAGGAGAUGGAGGCUACAGGCAAGGCCAUGGAGAAUGCAGUCAAAAUCAACGAUUGGAUGGCGAUAUCUAACGAAUUCGAUAAACUUGUCCGUAUGGUCCAAAGGCAACACAACCUCUCUGAGCCAAUACCCGCCUUCUACAUCCGUACCCUUGUCAACCUCGAGACUUCGAUUAACACGGCUCUGCAAAAGGAAAAAGAGGCAAAGAAAAAAAUGAACGUCUCAAAUGCCAAAGCUCUCACAGCCAUGAAACAGAAGAUCAAGAAAGCUAUCAAGGACAAUGAAUCCGAAGUCAGAAAAUACCAAGAGGAUCCAGAGGUUUUUGAACGGGAGUACCUCGCUCUUAUUUCCCGAGAUGCUGCUCCAGCGACUGCCCCUCGCGCUGCCCGCACAGCUGCUGGAGCUACCUCCGACCAGGUCGACGAGUUCACCACUGUCGGGAAGGGUGGAAAGGCACAACAGUACACUUCGGAGAGCAUCUUCAAGGACUUGCAAGCCGUGCAGGAAGCGCGUGGUAAAAAGAACACCGACCGUGCAGAGCAAAUCCGCAUUCUCGAAAUUCUCGUGGACGUUGCCGCGACUUCUUACCAACGAAUCCGAGUUCUUCUUGCCCUCAUCUCGUCCCGGUUCGACUACAAUUCGUCCAUCUCCAGCCACAUGCCCACCGAACUGUGGUUGUCCGCCCAGCGUGAGGUGGACCAGCUUGUUUCUAUCGUCGCCGCGGACCCCAAUUACUCUAUUCAAGAAAUGACGGAAGAUUACGAUGAGCUUGUAGAACGCACACCUGCUACUGAGAAAGGAAUUGUCCGUAUCCGCGGUUCCAUCAUCAGUUUUGUAGAUCGCUUGGAUGACGAAUUUACACGAAGUCUACAAAAUAUUGACCCUCAUGGUACCGAAUACGUCGAUCGAUUGAAGGACGAGAAGGUUUUAUACUGUACCAUUUGCCGUGCUCAAGCCUUCUAUGAGAAGACCUCACAGAGCGAGCCUCUCGGACGAGUUGUUAUGAGACGUUUGGAACAUAUCUACUCCAAGCCUGAUGCCGUUGUUCAAGCACUCGAGGCUGCUGCUGAUAGUUCCGAAGUCCAGCCUUCCAUGACUCUUGCCAAGCAGAAGACGACGUCUGCUCUCGUUCACUCCCUUUGUGUCUACCUCUAUAAAUCUGGGAACUCUUUGCUCAGGACAAGGGCAAUGCUUAGCCACAUUUAUCACCAUGCAUUGCAUAAUGAUUUCCAUACUGCCCGUGAUAUGCUUCUCAUGUCGCAUCUGCAGGAGUCUAUUCACUCCGCAGAUGUUGCCACUCAAAUUCUAUACAAUCGCACCGUCGUGCAGCUGGGACUUUGCGCAUUCCGAUCUGGCCUCAUUAAGGAAGCUCAAACGACUUUGCAGGAUAUUUUUACAACCCAGCGUGUCAAAGAACUUCUUGCCCAGGGCGUUCACCAGCAGCGAUUCCAAGUUAUGACCCCUGAGCAAGAGAAAGCGGAAAAGCAGAGACAACUGCCCUUCCAUAUGCACAUCAACACAGAGCUUCUCGAAGCCGCCUUCCUAGUCUCGAGUAUGCUCGUGGAGAUCCCCCUCUUGGCAAGCAUCGAUUCGGAAGAACAAAAACGCAAGGUUAUCUCGAAACCUUUCCGCCGCCUGCUCGACUUUGCUGAUCGUCAAGUUUUUACUGGCCCCCCUGAGAGUACAAGGGAUCAUAUCAUGCAGGCUAGUAAAGCCCUUCAGGAUGGCGAAUGGGAAAAAUGCCGUGAUCUGAUUCAGAGCAUCAAAAUUUGGAGUCUUAUGCCCGAAGCUGCAAAAGUCAAAGAAAUGCUGGCCAAACGUAUUCAGGAGCAAGGAUUGCGCACAUAUCUGUUUACUUAUGCUCCUCAUUACAGCACUCUUUCGCUCUCUUUGUUGUCGAGGACAUUCUCGCUGCCUCUUCGUGCAGUAACCUCCAUCGUUUCCAAGAUGAUUUGGAACGAAGAGCUUUCAGCUUCGUUGGACCAGUCUGGUGGCGUUGUCGUCUUUCACAGGAUCGAGCUUUCCCGCUCCCAGCAGCUAGCCCAGAUUAUAUCUGAAAAGGUGGCCGCAAUGGUCGAUCAAAAUGAAAAGACAUUGGAUAUCAGGAUGGGAGGUACGGGAGGAUGGGGUGAACGAAACGACGGCAACAAAAACGAGAAGCGUGGAGAGCAAACUCAAGAACGCCGAGGUCGUGGAGAAAGAACUAGGGGUGCCCGUGGCGGAGCUCGUGGAAGAGGAGCUCGAUUUUCGCAGGGACUCGGAAAUCAAAUGCCCAACGGACAAAGAGGGCAGUAG